CAAAGAUGUUAAAACACAUCGAUCUCAGUUACUCCAAGGAUUUGAUCAUGAUCCCCGACGUCACUGAAGCCCCAAAUCUUGAGAAGCUAAUUCUUAAAAGUUGUACAAGUUUGUCUAAGAUUCACACAUCACUUGGAUAUCUUAGAAAACUUAUUUCAUUGAAUCUGGAUGGCUGUGUAUGUCUUGAAAGUCUUCCAUGCAAGAUCAGCUCAAAAUCUCUUGUUAUUAAUCUUUAUGGUUGUUUGAAGUUGAAGAAUUUUCCAGAGAUUGUGGGAAAUAUGUCACACUUACCACACCUUGUUUUGGCUAGGACUGCUAUAGAAGGACUACCGAAAUCAAUAAAGCUUUUAACUGACCUUACUCUAUUGGAUCUGAAAGAUUGCAAAUCCCUUUUAAGUCUUCCUGAUACCAUUUGUUGUUUGACAUCUUUAAAAACGCUCACUCUAUCAGGUUGCUACAGACUUAACAAAUUGCCAACAAAUCUAGGAAAUCUCAAAUGCCUAAAGAAGCUGGGAGUGACUGGAAUUGCUAUAAGAGAACUACCAUCAUCAGUGGAGCAUUUGACUGGUCUGACUUCAUUGAAUCUAAGUAAUUGCAAGGACCUUUUGAGUCUCCCAGAUACCAUUUGUAGUAUGACAAAUCUAAAAGCGCUCUCUCUUUCUGGCUGCUCAACACUUGACAGAUUGCCAAAGAACUUGGGGAAUCUCACAGGCUUUAAGGAGCUAGAUGUGAAUAAAACUGCCAUAAGAGAACUACCAUCAUCAUUGAGGCAUUUAUCUAACCUUACUUCAUUGAAUUUAAUCGAUUGCAAGGAACUUCUGAGUAUUCCAAAUGCCAUUUGUAAUAUGAAAAAUAUUAAAACUCUCACUCUAUCUGGCUGCUCAAAACUUGAAGAUUUGCCAGAGAACAUUGGGAAUCUCAUAGGCCUAAAGAAGCUAGAAAUUAUUGGAACUGCUGUGAGAGAGCCACCUCCCUCCCUAUCUUGUUUGCGUUCUUUAGUCGAACUGGAAUUAAGGGAUUGUAAUCUUCGAGCAGUACCUAAUGAUAUUGACAGCUUGCACCUCUUAGAAAAACUAAAUCUAAGCCAAAAUAGUUUUGUUUAUUUACCAGCAAGCAUCGUUCGGCUAUCCAAAUUGAAAGAUAUUUAUAUUGAGAAUUGCACUAGUCUUCGAUCUUUGCCACAAAUUCCAUUAUCUACUCUAAGUAUUUGGGCAAAUGGUUGUAACUCACUAGAAACAUUACCUAAUCAAUUAAAACCGGAAAGCUUUUUUGAGCCGAAUGUCUAUCUUCUCAAUUGCUUCAAAUUGGCUGACAAUCAAGGUUUCAGUGACAAGUUUUCAACAUUGCUAUCAUGUUACUUUCAGGAACUCUGUUAUUAUGACUUCUCAGGAACAAAUAGUUAUGAUCUCGUUGUUCCUGGAAGAAAAUUACCAAAAUGGUUUAGCCAUCAAAGUGCCGGGGCUUCAGUGACUCUGCAAGCGCCUCACAAUUUUGAUGAGAAAUGUUUGGCAAUUGGAAUGUGCGCUGCUUUUGAGCAUUUUCCUUCUGGCCUAGGUGGUUUGUUUGAUAGUGGAUCUCAUGAUAGAAUGAGACAUAUGCUUUUUUGCUCCAUUGCGUUGCAUCAAAAAAGUGGAUCUGGCGGAUUCAUGUUCUACGCCGACAGAAAAUGCAUAUCAUUUCCCUUUCCCGAAAAUUUUGGUCCGGUUGAAUCAAGACACCUUUGGCUGAUUUAUGUGCGCAGAGAAUUCUUCCAUAAGAUCAAAGACCAAGUAUUUUCAAAUGGGUUGCACAAAUUUUGGGAAAAUGGAUUUGAUUUUCAAAUUGAAUUUCAAACAGAAGGUACAGGCUUGACGGUUACGUACUGCAGGGCCCAUUUUGUAUUUAAGCAAGACAUUGAAGAUCUCAGCAAAACCAACGAGAUGGAUUUCGUUUUCUAUGAUAAUCAUCUAAACUCGGAGGUACCGGGACCCAAGGCUGGCCCUUCCACUGGGCGAGUUAGGCAAUUGCCUAAGGCCCCCAAGUGGAAGGCCGGCCCUUCCCCCUCACUAGUGGAAGUAAGGCCCCAAAAUUUUAGAAAAGAAGUGGUAGUAGGGAAAAAAAAAAAAAAAAAAAUUCUCAAUGCAUAUUGACAACUGAGAAGGUAAGCUCAUAUUGACAACCCUAAUUUGAGUAGUGGAAAUAGAAUCCGCUCUAAUGAACUUCGUGGAGAAAGCUCAAAUGAUGGGGCUUGACCUAUUGGAGAGGGUAGCUCUAAUGGCAUGACAGGCACAAAGAGGAUAUGGCACCCUUAUAGAAUGCUGCGUUUGGGAAA